GGAUCUAUAUUUCAGUUUUUUCUUUUUUUUAGGGGUGGGGGAGUGAAGGUCGGAAUUAAUUUGUUCAUUUCCCGAAGUACUACUACUACCGGUGAUUUUCCGGACACCCUAUAAGAAACGCAGAACUUUAUAUAUGAUGUGCAAAAAUUUCUAGAAAAUAAUAAAAACAAACUUGAAUUGUAUAUUCUUAUAUUUGUACAUGAUGAUCUAUCAAGUAGAUAAAAAAACGUUUUUAAAUUUAAUGAAAAUUACGCUAGCCGAUUAUAAUCUACCGGAGAAUCUUCUCUUCUUCUAACCUAAAAUCACCGUGUCCGGCGACUCAUUCUUUUUCCUGUAGUAGCAGAGACAUCACACAAACCAAAAGCAGAGGAUUGUAUAUUGUUUAAAUAUUUAUGACAAGUAUGCGCCUGGCAAUAUUUUUAGUGCUGUUUAUUUGCGCGACAGCAAGAGAUGCCGAUGUAGAUCCAUUGAAAACAAUUAUUUGGGGCCCAGGACUGAAACCAGCAGAAGUUACCAUGCGUGCAAGAUACUUCUUCUUACAACUCGUCGAUUCGCAUGGGAGAAAUUUGACAAAGUCUCCAAAUGAGAAUAUAAUUACUCUACAAAUGUAUGGGGAAUCUUUCAAUGGUGCAUCAUGUCGCGUAUGGACUCAAAUCUUUGACUGUAAAGAUGGUAGUUUCAUUAUGCGUUACAAAGUUUUUAAUACCUGUUUCAAUGUUAAAAUUAAAGUGAAAAUCAAGGGAAAAGAGUUACCAAUGCCUUAUUCAGAGAUCAAAGGACCUAUUUAUGAGGAAGAAUGUUACUGUCCGAAUCCAUCAAUCACUAAUUGGUUGGAUCACUAUCAGUGUCAACAAAAUUACACUCAAAUACACCGUGAUCUCUAUCCAUUUUCAAAUAUUGACUUUGACGAAAUACGUCAAAGCAUUAUCAAAAGAUAUGAUCGACCGACCAGUGUCAGCAUUUGUCAUUACGUAUUGAAAUCUAAUAGAGUUUAUAGGCAAUGUUAUGGCCAAUAUGUUGGCUUCAAAAUAUUUAUGGACGCUAUACUGUUAUCACUCGCACGCAAAGUGAUGCUGCCAGAUAUUGAAUUCUUCGCGAAUUUGGGUGAUUGGCCGCUUGUUCCCGAUUCAGGCCCGCUUUACCCUAUUUUUUCAUGGUGCGGAUCUGAAAAUACAAAAGAUAUUGUUAUGCCUACGUACGACAUUACGGAAUCAUCUCUGGAGGCGAUGGGAAGGGUAAUGUUAGACACACUCUCCAUACAAGGUAAUGGACUGCCAUGGGAGAACAAGACUGAGCAAUUGUUUUGGCGUGGACGUGAUUCUAGAAGAGAACGCCUUGACUUAGUGGACAUUUCAAGAAAACACCCAGAACUCUUCAAUGUCUCCAUCACAAAUUUUUUCUUUUUUAGGGAUGAGAUAGAUAAAUAUGGACCUGCACAAAACCAUGUAUCAUUUUUUAAUUUUUUUGAGUACAAAUAUCUGUUGAAUAUUGAUGGCACAGUAGCGGCUUAUCGAUUCCCAUAUUUACUUGCUGGAGAUUCUUUGGUAUUUAAGCAAGAAUCCAAGUAUUAUGAAUUUUUUUACAAAGAUCUCACACCUGGAUUGCAUUAUGUGCCUGUGAAAAGCGAUCUAUCGGACCUUGUGGAAAAAAUCAUGUGGGCGAAGGAACAUGACGAGGAUGGAUUGAGAAUUGUUAAAUCUGCCAGACAAUUUGCCAGGGAUAAUUUAUUACCACGUGAUAUAUUAUGUUACUAUACAGUUUUGUUUCAUGAAUGGAGUAAACGCUUAAAGAGUAAAGUUGAAGUACUGAAUAACAUGGAAGAAGUACCACAACCUAGUCAUUCUUGUCAGUGUCAUUUUAGGAAUUCAAAUCUUCGAGUUGAGUUGUAGCUUUUAACAUUUUUUUUAACACUUUCUCUAUGAGAUCUAUUUAUGUAGUGAAGAUUGAACAGAUCCGCAUUUCCCAUACAAGUAUCGUCUGUCAUGCAUGCAUGAGAAUGCACAUCUGUUUACUAAGAUUUUGUAUCUAAUUGCUAAUGUCACAAAAAGAAAUAUGAGCUCGAACCUGAAAAACAGAUAAUUUUCAGUUUAAUAUUUAAUAAAUCUUCUCUUUUACAAUACUUGUACAACCUGUUAGUUAUUUUUAUAUAUAUUUUAAUCUUUUUUUUACUUAUUUAAUCUAAAAUCAUGUGUCGCGAAAAUUUUAAUAAGAUAUAU